AUGUUAACAGAAACCGAUAACGAGGCAUACAAAGAUAAUUCUCAAACAACCAGUAAUGAUAUUGCUUGUGUUUUUUCGGAUGACUUUUGUAGCAAGGCUACAAAACUGGCACAAUUAGUUAACAAACCGCUUAGAAAAUACAGUCAUUUGACAGGAAGUGAUGGACAAUUAACUAAGCAUUUAAGCUACCAAUAUCACAAAAAUUCUGGUGUGUUUGGUGAUCAUUUUUUACUAUCAAUGAAUUUAGGUACAAAUAUAAAAAUUAUGCUAAAUGAAAAGUACAAAGCGGAAGUAAAAGAAUCACGCGAACCACUGUUGGCUUAUCGGGUCGAUGCUGGAGACAAAGUUUUAGAACACCAUUUAAAAAGUUCAGGAAAAAAUGCAACAUAUAUUUCAAAAACAGUUCAAAAUGAACUAAUAAACAUUUGUGUUCAAAUUAUAACAAAAAAAAAAAUUAAAGAGGCUAAAAUUGCUAAGUACUUUUUGGUGAUUGCAGAUGAAACGACUGAUGUUUCUCAUCACGACCAGUUAUGUGUAUGCAUUUGCAUUGUAUGUUUGAUAAAUGAUUUUCAUACAAUCAGAGAAGAAUUGUUAAACUUUGAGAAAGCUAAUGAUCUUAGUGGUAAAAGGUUAGGUGAACUAAUUAUUCAAAAUCUGAAAGGACAUAGUCUCGACCUUUUUUACUUAGUAGGUCAAGGUUAUGAUGGCGCAUCAGCUAUGUCUGGCUGUUAUAAUGGUGUCUAG